AUGGAAGCACAACCUGUCGCAGCAUCUCCGGAACCACACAGGAGACAAGCCGUUGAGUGUUCUUCUUGCAACAAGAAGUUUGACUGGAAGCACAACUUGGAGACUCACAUGAGGACUCAUACGGGGAAAAGCCCUUCAAGUGCUCCUACUGCAACAAGGACUUCAGCCAGAAGGUCAUUUAAGGAGCACUGGAGAUUACACACUGGUGAGAAACCUUACGAGUGUACAUAUUGCGAUAAAAAAUUCUAUGCAAAGUCAUGCCUGACAAAGCAUCUAAAACUUCACGAAAGUAUGAGGUUUUCCAGUCAUGAGAAACUUCAUAGAAAUGAGAAGCCUUAUGUCUGCACACUUUGUGAUAAACGGUUCAGCCAAAAUUGUCAUUUGAAACUCCACAUCAGAGUUCAUACUGGUGAAAGGCCUUAUCAUUGCGAUCUUUGUGAAAAGAAGUUUGCUGCCAGUCACAUGAACAAGAAAAGAAUGCAAUGUUCACUCUGUGAUAAGAGUUUUACUACGGAGACUGCACUGGCUCAUCAUAUGGAGUUGCUGCAUAUGGAAGAUGGCAGUCCAAAUUGUACUAGCAGUUUUGCCUUUGUUGCGAGCACAAGUAAUCAUCUCGACAAUGAGUCUAUUAACGGGGAACACGACCUGUUAGACAGUCAUUCUCCUAUAAUGGACGACCCUGCAAGAGACCCGCUCGAUGGCGACAGACCCGCGACGCCACAGCACACGCCAGGGGAAGGAACCAGUGCGAGUCGAUGGCCCGAAAACGUGAUAUUCAUCAAGUCAGAAUAUGACCCCGACAUUGUCAAGACCGAAACUUCCCGUGUUCCGCAGCCAGAGAUGUCGGCGCCGAGUCCAGGGAGGAGGAGGACUUCGCGGAAACCAUUAAGACGGAAGAUCACAUCACCAUCAAAGAGAAGUCCCCUCCGACUAAAGUAUUGGUUUACAUGA